AUGGACUCGCCUCUGGAUGGUCUGGCAUCUAUGCAUUUUGCCCUUAUCUAUAUCGACGACAGCGGCAAAGUGCGCUUUGAGGCUUCACCCUCUAUUGCCAACAGCUGCCAGUCCCUCCUGGCGCCUAACGUUACCGAGUCGUUCUUGCGAGCUGUGGCGCUGUCGAAUAAAGGAGGCGAGUCACGGAGUUCAUCCAUCGAUACCUCCAGAAAGAGUUCUCCAUCCCCACGGUCACCUUCUAUGCACGACAAUGGCGAGUCGCAACCGCCAAUAGGAUACCAUGUAGAGAGCCAUAGACCCAAGCGGAAACGCAUCUCACACGAAUCCGUCAUCCCGAUCAGUAUCAACUGCCACCAGAGGACGAUGUUGCCGGUUCAGGAUCACGGCCUCCUGCGACGUUACUACGAGAAAGCCUUUGAGAGCCUGCAGCAGAUCAACUGCAGGAUUCUGGCCAAAGCAUACAUCAAACUGGUGGAGCCCCGGAAGCAGGUCAACUACCCAUACAAUGGACGAAAGAUUAUUCAGGGGACCUCGCAGCAGUUUGAUCCCGAGUUCACGAAGCCCGCGUGGUGGCCUGCUGGAGUAACUCAUAGAGAGCCAGACCAUCUAUUAAAGGCCGAGCGAAUCCGACUGCUUGUUCACAUCCUGUGCGAGCUCCGCCAUAGCCAUGCUAUCACCGUGGACAAGCUGAAAGAGGCAGAUCAAUCGAUCCGCCGGCAGAUACUACCAGCCGAGCGGUUACAAGUACUCGAUGAGAUAUACACUGUGCGAGAAGAGGAGGAGGCGUAUCUGGACGGCCAUACUGAUGGACGAGCGGCCGUGUGUGUAUCGCGGGUACAUCUCCCGGAUAUUAUCGAAACGCAGACACUGGGAUCUCCGAGUUCAGCGCUGAAGCCCGACAUGAACCCGGUGUAUCGGAAGGAAGUUCCGGACAUGGAGUCUCACACAUCUGUCUUCCCUUCCACAGGAAGUUCACCGACUAGCGAGCAGCCUAGACAUGCUGAGAAGGAGGCGGCCACCAAAUCUAGUAGCAGCCUCCCUGCCACUUGGGACGCCUGUGUCCCUCCUCUUGCCAAACAUACCCGCGAUAGUGACCCGACAUAUCACUUGGACAUGUCCAGUCCUUCUAUAUUCCACCAGGAUAACGGUCUUGUUGCCCAGAACUUUCAGUUGAAGUAUUACAGUGAUCAUCUUGGUCCGCAGCAGCACCAUUCCUCGCUCCCGGUGAUGGGGGUCCCAGGACACGAUAUGGGUGCACACCCAUAUUACUUUGGGUACCAGCAUUGA